CUAAUCGGUCUAUGAAAUUUAAAUUAUAGUUUGAAGUCUUCUGGGGCUAAAUCAGCUAAUGAUGGAUCUCGCCUAUUUCGACAUACACCUCGUUGCGUUCGCUCUGGCUGGUACUCAUCACGUGCUUUGUUUAGUUUCCAGCAAGGUGGAUUGAUCUGUGGCCAUUGUCUAUCCAACCACCCACUCACUCAGCUACUCUUCACCAAGAACAACCUUGACCCAUAAGUGUUUGUGUCUUAGAAUGGCCGACUUAAUUAGCAUUGCCAACCAGAUUCUCGACGAUUCCGAAGAUCUCAAGUCGUUGGAGUAUAAGCGCAAGGGCCGCAAGUACCGCUUGGUGGAGAACACCUUCAAGCGCAUCCGCGAGGAGGACAAGUACUUGGUUGUUGCCAAUCCCUCUUUCUUCAGAUCCGAACUCACGGAAAAUCUCUCCAUCACCUCUGCUUACUCCAUUCUCGCUACCUGUGGCACCAUUCUCGAAGACUACCCCGACUUGUGCCUCUCGAUCAUCGGUGUGGCCCGCGAGAUCGAACUCCACCAAUGGUACGAUAUGGGCACUUCCGUUGUCACUAAACACAAGGCUGAGCCAGUGGACGAAGCUGUGGUGGCUGCUGCUCGUCAGAUGUAUGACGACGUGACCCCGGAGCAUAUUUCACGUGGGCUCAAUCUCAUGCUCUGUUCAAAGUUGAACUUUUUGCACACCGACCACCACAUCGGAAAGCCCAAGCUCCAGGGACACUUCCUCAAGUACUUUAUCACGGAGUACUACGGGGAAGAAGCCACGCUUUCCGGCGAUGUCCACACGGCCCUCAAGUCCUUCUUCCACUGGGGCUGUAUCAAGGGCCUUUUGUACAAGCUCGAGGUGCCGAACUUGAACCUUUCCACCGAAAAGAUCCAGGCCUUUGCAAGCUUUCCCGACCCGUUACCGGAACUCAAGGACAACGUCUACGAGCGCUACCCUGCAGGGACGUCCAAGCUUUCCUUGAUUAAAAAGGCUGCGUUAAUCAUCUAUGAGUUUGACUUUUCCAAGGUGAUCCCGCUUCCACCCACCACCGAUGGCCAUGUCUUUGCCACAGACUUGGACUGGUUGUUUGAACUCUGCAACGACGUUGAAAUGGAUCCUCUCAAGUACCACCUCCGUUCUACCAGCAAGGGCUUGUACAAGGGCACUCCUACCAAUCUCAACGACUUGAAUCGCACCCACGGUAAACGCUUUGCCAACUUGUUGUUGCAGAUCUCUAUCGUUUUGAAUGUGUUUGACAUCGGUGUGCACUUGCUCUUCAACUCCAAGUUCCCCAAAAUCUUUGACGUGGAAACGGAAACGACAGCUGAGCCUACAGACCAAGUGGAGGACGACGAGGAUGAGAUUGUUAUCAAGCGUAUGAGACCGGAGUUUGCCGCCAACGAGUACUUGCAGAAGCUCAUUGAGAUCAAGUCCAAGAUUGACCACUACUACGAUAUGGGUUGGCAGGACGACGAUAUCAUGUUGCGAAUCGGUUCCGUUCCAAACAACUUGUUUGACAAUAUCGACAACAUUUUGAUCAAAUAUGAGAGCGAGGAGGAAUACUAAAAUGGUUUACAAAAGUAUAGCCCGGCGGUUACACCCAUACAAGUAGUUUUAUACCCUGAAUACCAUUGAAUAUACAUAGCCUGUGGAUCCUGUAAUAUAGCGACUGCAGUUUUUUAAGAAGUAUAAGAAGAUUGAUGAGCCAUGUGUUGUGAUAGAUCUUGGCAUUUUGAGUGGAAAAUACUAGGUAUUGCCUCCAUGUCAGGAUUCCAGUGCCUGUUGGGACUUUAAUCCGGGAGUCAUUUGUCAUUCUGUCCAGGUCCUUCCUAAACUAAGUGCAAAUCCU